AUGUCUGGUCCGCCGGCCGCCUUGAACUUUACCUGCUUUUGGUCAAAUGCCCUAGCAAACCCUACUGCCGUCUGGUACGCCUUCUUGUUCUACAUCUCGUUAGGGGCUUACAUUGGACCUAACACAGUAGUAACAACGAGGCCAACAGCCGAGCAGACUAGGCUAUACAGGGCACGUGUCGCCUUCUCUGUUAAUCUUGCCUUUUUCCUCGUGGCUUAUUUUUCUGUUUUCUCUUACUUCCAUACGGAAGUUGCGCUUGUCUUGGCUGUCUUCUCAAUACCGUUUAUACAGGACAUAGGUAAUGCACCGAUUAGUGAUUCGGUGUAUUUUGACUUCACUUCUCGCCUCGCAGCUCGUUUAGGUGUUCCUGUGUCUACUUCGGUUUCCGCAGCAGCCCCAGCACAUUUCCCUGCUUCAACUCCUAUCCCAUCCGCUCCCGCGAUCCCUGUAUCCGCUGCCUCAGCUACCGCUGCGUCAGCAAUCUCUGCUCUCUCUUCUUAUUACCGUUUAACUGUGUGCACCUUGUGGG